UGCGCCCGGUGUGAGCUCUCACGCUCGGACCGGGGAGCGCCGGGGGUCCGGGCCGGAGAAACCGGCUUCCACCUCGCCGCCGCCGCCGCUCUUUUGUCUGCUCCCGUGUGCCGUAGAGGGAGGCGGGCGCGUCCCUAGCAACCGUUAGGCGGGCGGGCGGAGAGUCCCGCCUCCGGAAACCAGGCAUUGGUCCGUGCCGCCUGUCCAUCGGCGAGUGGCGCGUAGCGAUUGGCUGGAGUGGAAGCCUGCCGGCUCGCUCCCGGCGGCGGGAAAGCGCGGUGGGACCCUCGGCCGGCCAGCCUGUGCCGGACAGCGGCUGCCAGCCCCAGGGACCCUCCGGCCUGACCUGGAUUUCCGCGUCCUGCCUGGAGCCCGCAGGUGCCCGGCACCAUGGAGGCCCAGACCAUGCCAGUCUGGGAUGAAGAGCCAUCAAGCCUGCACCCCUGCUCCCCGCCCCUCGGUCUGCAGAUGCCCGCCAUGUCGGAGCCCAGCACGUCCCUGCCCUCGGCCCACAGACACCUGAGCAGGAGGAAGGGGCUCUCCAAACUCUGCCAGAGCAGGAUGACGCUCUCCGGAGACCGCUGGAGCUCCUACUGCCUGUCGUCCUUGGCGGCCCAGAACAUCUGCGGGGGCACCUUGCUGUGCCCGGCGGCCGAGCAGGAGCCCAGCUCCCUGGGCAGCACCUCCUGCUGCUCCCUGCUGCGCCGCCUGUCCCUGGGCUACUCGGCGCCUCUGCUGCCCGCCCCCGUGGCCAACCCCAACAAGGCCGUGUUCACAGUGGAUGCCAGAACCACAGAGAUCCUGGUUGCCAACGACAGGGCGUGCCGACUCCUGGGGCACAGCAGCCGCAGCCUCAUCGGCCAGAGGCUCACACGCUUCUUCCUGAAGCCGGACGCGGCAGUGGUGCGGGCCCUGAGCGAGGAGCACGUGGAGGCCGACGGGCGCGCCGCCGUGGUCUUUGGCACCGUGGUGGACAUCCUGGGGCGAGACGGAGAGAAGGUCCCGGUGUCUGUGUGGAUGAGGCGGUUGCGGCAGGAGCGGCGGGCGUGCUGCGUGGUGGUGCUGGAGCCCGUGGAGCGCCUGGCCGCCUGGGCCGCCUUUCAACAGGACGGCACCAUCGUGAACUGUGACACCCUCUUUGCUCACCUGCACGGCUAUACAAGCACAGAAGAGGUGGCCGGCCAGCCUGUCACGCACCUCAUCCCGUCCCUGCAGCUGCCCCCCGAUGGGGGUACCAUCCCCCAGGAGCUGCGCAUCCAGAGGUCCGUGGGAAGGGCCCGUGACGGUACCACCUUCCCGCUGAGCCUGAAGCUCAAGGCCGGUGGCUGUGAGGGCCAGGAUGGUGGCGCCCCUGAGGGCGGCUUCUCGGCGUCCAUCUGGGUGUUCUCCACUAUCAGCGGGCUGCUCACCCUGCUGCCCGACGGCACCAUCUAUGGCAUCAACCACAGCUUCGCCCUCACACUUUUUGGUUACGGGGGCAGCGAGCUCCUGGGCAAGAACAUCACCUUCCUGAUCCCCGGCUUCUAUCGCUACAUGGACCUCACGCAAGAUGGCUCCCUGAUGCUGCCCGAGCCGCCUGGCGGCCACCAGAAUGGGCCAGCGUCCACGGAGCCCCCUGUUGGCUGGAGUCUGGCAGACAUGGCCGAAGGCCUGGGGGACGGCGUCGUGCUUGCCGGGGACCCCCUCCUGCUGCAUGACGACACCCAGACGUCUUCGAGAAGCCAGGAGGUGGUGAAGCACACGGACACUGGGGGCGGCCACCCCAGGUCUCCGCCCUCGUCACCCGCACUGGGGGUACACAGCAGCCCCGGAGGGGGACAUGCAGUCCAGGACAGACCAUUGGCCGAGGACCCUCGGAGUGUUCCGGAGGGUAACCUAGCAGCCUGGAGUGAAAGGACUUUGCCUGCUGGCCACCAGGACCUUCCGGAAGGGACCUGGCCAACCCAAAGCCCACGGGCUGUGCCCGGCGUCCAGCCGCGGGCUGUCUCGGCAGAAGGUGCCAAAGGUGCCCAGCAGCGCCUUCUGGAAGGAAGCGGGUCUGAACGGGCCGGCACGAAGCCCCUCGCACCCAGGGCCGGUGCUGCAGAUGCAGAUGGGGCCGGGGGCCGCAGAGCCGGUGCGCCUGAUUUCCCCGGCAGGGACCAGGAGCCGCCGUGGGCCGGGGAGGACUUCCACAGCACCCACGGGACAGACCCCUCCUCCCGGGAUCCGGACAGCGGGGACCUCCUGCAGGCCACCCGCUCAUGCAGCUCCUCUGCCUGCUACGCGCUGGCCACGGACCUCCCGGGUGUGCCCGACCCCGCGCUGCAACGCCCGCCUGGCGCCAGCCCCUUCCCCUGGGACCUCGGCCUCAACCAGCGCACCCGGCACCUGGCCCAUGCCCCCACUGAGCCAGGGGGCUCCCGGUCCCCGUCCCCGUCCCCGUCCCCGUCCCCAGUCGACUACUGCCUGGAUGAGCGGGAGCUGCUGCUGCUGGCUGGCACCUGUGGACACCUGGGCGCGGCCUGGCGCUUCUGCAGCCGGGGGCUGGACGGGGCCUCCGAGAGCCGGGCCACGGGGCAGGACCUUCAGGUGACCUCCACGCCCGUCAGAGGGGACAGUCUGGCCCCCACGGACCCCCCCUGUGAGAUCCAGGAAGGCACCUUUCUGGGUAGCUGCUGCCACCGAGACGGAUCCCAACUGAGUGUGCAGUUUGAGGUGCGCCGGGUGGAGCUGCAGGGCACAGCCCCCCUCUUCUGCUGCUGGCUGGUCAAGGAACUUCUGCACGGCCACCGCCUGCUGCUGGCCAGCCUGCCCGGCUCCUCCCACUCUGUGAGCGAGCAGCCCGCUGGCCCGGGCGAGGUGCUCCGGGCCAAGCCCUGGUCUGAGGAGGCCCCGAAGGCGGCAGAACUGGAAGGGCUGGCGGCCUGUGAGGGGCCCUACAGUGUGCGCUACAGCACGCUCAGCCCGCUGGGCAGUGGUGCCUUUGGCUUCGUGUGGACGGCGCUGGACAAGGAGGACAACAGGGAGGUGGUGGUGAAGUUUAUCAAGAAGGAGAAGGUCCUGGAGGACUGCUGGGUGCAGGACCCCCAGCUGGGGAGAGUCACGCUGGAGAUCGCCAUCCUCUCCCGGGUGGAGCACGCCAACAUCAUCAAGGUGCUGGACGUCUUCGAGAACCAGGGCUUCUUCCAGCUGGUGAUGGAGAAACACGGCUCUGGCCUGGACCUCUUUUCCUUCAUCGACCACCACCCCUGCCUGGACGAGCCCCUGGCCAGCUACAUCUUCCGCCAGCUGGUGUCGGCGGUGGGCUACCUGCGCUCCCAGGGCAUCCUCCACCGCGACAUCAAGGACGAGAACAUCGUCAUCGCCGAGGACUUCAGCAUCAAGCUCAUCGACUUCGGCUCGGCCGCCUACCUGGAGCGCGGGAAGCUCUUUUACACCUUCUGCGGCACCGUGGAGUACUGUGCGCCCGAGGUGCUCGUGGGAAACCCUUACAGGGGGCCCGAGCUGGAGAUGUGGUCGCUGGGCGUCACGCUGUACACGCUGGUCUUCGAGGAGAACCCCUUCUGCGAGCUGGAGGAGACCAUGGAGGCGGCCAUCAACCCCCCGCACCUGGUGUCAGCAGACCUCAUGGACCUCGUGUCUGGCCUGCUGCAGCCCAUCCCUGAGCAGCGCAUCACCCUGGAGAGGCUGGUGGCCCACCCCUGGGUGACGCAGCCUGUGAACCUGGCAGACUACACCUGGGACCAGGUGUACCGCGUGCAUCGGCCGGGCAGUGGAGUGCUGUCCCCUGUGAGUCCAGACAGGCCCCCCAGCGAGCUGGCGCAGACACUGGAGGCAGGGGGCAGCCCCUGGCCCUCAGGGAGCCCCGAGUUCCGCCGCCUGCCCCCACACAGUCCAGAAGCCAGCACUCCCAAGUCCCCUGCCUGGAGACACCGCCAGUCCCCAGGACCCGUGCCCCGGUUCCCUCCUGCAGACGUGACGUCACUGUAAGCUGUCAGACGCAGCGUGGGCUUCACGGUGGGUUCAGCCCAGACUCUCGAAGGGGGCUGCCCUUGCGAGCUCUGCAGAAGAUGCUUGUCACCUUCACCCUGGGCUGCCCCAGUGGCCACACUGCCUCAGUGUUGACGACCUCUCGUUUCCAGAUUAAAGGACUUUGCUAGUGA